GCUGCAGACGAUCAUGCUACACUGCUUGGCCAAUCAGGGCUGCGGGGAAUGUAGCGCGCGCAGUAGUCAACAUGUGAAUGUCGUGGUAGUACUAAGUGUGAUUUUUUUUUUUAACAUUUUAAUCCAUACUAUGUCGGGCAAAAGAAGAAAGUGGUCGGACGAAUAUGUACAAUAUGGAUUCACAUGUAUCACGGAACGUGAUGGGAGUGAGCGUCCUAUCUGCAUGAUUUGCAAUGCCAAGUUGAGCAACUCUAGUCUCGCACCAGCAAAACUAAAGGAACACUUCUUGAAGCUGCAUGGAGACGGGGAAUACAAGAACACAACACUUGCUGAAUUCAAGGUGAAGAGAGCCAGAUUCGAUGAAAGGCCCACUCUGCCUGCUCUUGGAUUUGUACCCGUUAGCAAACCGAUCCUCACAGCAUCAUACGAAGUUGCUUACCUGAUCGCAAAGCAGGGCAAGCCACACACCACUGGUGAAACACUCAUGAAACCAGCUGCGUUAAAGAUGGGAAAUCUGAUACUCGGAACAGCGGCCGAAGGUAAAUUAUCCCAAAUUCCUCUUUCAAAUGACACCGUCAGCGACAGAAUAGAAGACAUGAGUAAAGACAUCUUGGCUCAAGUAGUCGCCGAUCUGAUUUCAAGCCCGGCAAAAUUCAGCCUUCAGCUCGAUGAGAGCACAGACGUUGCUAAUCUAAGUCAGCUUACUGUUUUUGUGCGCUAUGUGAAAGACGACAUGAUAAAAGAAGAUUUUUUAUUUUGUAAGCCUCUUACAACAACAACUAAGGCAGCCGAUGUGAAGAAGCUUGUGGAUGACUUCUUCAGAGACAACAAUCUUUCAUGGGACAUGGUUUCUGCAGUUUGUACGGACGGAGCUCCAGUCAUGCUGGGAAGAAACUCUGGUUUUGGUGCGCUAGUAAAAGCCGAUGCACCACACAUCAUUGUGACUCAUUGUAUUUUGCACAGGCAUGCAUUGGCAACAAAAACCUUGCCUCCAAAAAUGGCAGAAGUAUUAAAAACUGUGGUGGAAUGUGUGAACUAUGUGCGAAAUAGUGCUAUGAGGCACCGCAUCUUCAGUGAGCUGUGUAAAGAAGUGGGCUCUGAAUUCGAGGUACUUCUGUACCAUUCUAAUGUUCGGUGGUUAUCCCGGGGACAGGUGCUGAAUCGUGUUUUUGCCAUGCGUGUGGAAUUAGCCCUGUUUUUGCAAGAGCACCAACACUGUCAUGCAGAUUGCUUCAAAGAUCCUGAGUUCAUUCUCAUUUUAGCGUACAUGGCUGAUAUAUUCGCAGCUCUCAAUCAUCUCAAUCAGCAGAUGCAGGGUGGUGGAGUCAAUAUCAUAGAAGCGGAAGAACACCUGAAGGCUUUUCAAAAAAAGCUAACGUUAUGGAAACGGCGAACAGAGAACAACAACUUCGCAAACUUCCCCCUUCUGGACAACUGUGUAAGUAAGAUCGAAGAUGUGUCUGGAAUCGGAGAUAUUUCUGUAUCCACGGAACUGAAGCAAACAAUUGCAACGCACUUAGAUGAGCUUGCAAAGUCUCUCGACAGAUAUUUCCCUAAGAGAGUCAUAUCCAGCAUGGGUGAGGCAGCGUUUGCUGUUGAGACAGCAGAUGUCAAUGAUGAAUACCUUGACGAAAUCAUUGAAAUUCAGCAGAGCCAGGUUCAACAGCAACUCUUCAGAACAACAACGCUCUCAACGUUUUGGUAUCCAAUUAUUGCUAAGAAAGCCCUGGAUUUUUUAAUACCAUUUGUUACAACAUAUCUUUGCGAGCAAUCCUUUUCGACGAUGCUGGACAUAAAAACAAAGAAAAGGAACAGACUUUUCUGUGAAAAUGACAUGAGAGUGGCACUUGCCAAGGUGAAGCCACGCAUAUCUGAACUGGUCUCUCAAAGGCAACAGCAGAAGUCACACUGAUUUGCAGAGGGGUUCGGUGAAC